ACAGAGCUUAGUCCAGCUCAAGAAAUAGAGGAAAAGAGGCUUCAAGUAAUUCCUAGCGCAAAAACAGUUCUAUGAUAUGAUACCUUAAAAAAUAGAUCCUUAUAAUAGACUUCAGGGUUUUUACCGUUGUAACAAAUCGUUUACUUGUAAGGGCUCUAUCAGCUACUACAAUUAAUAGAGUAAAUUGCAUUUUCCCAACCCAAAGAUUGACUUAAAAUAUAUGUUCUCAAAUUUCAGUUAUAUUUGCUUUCUCGCGCCCACCACGAGCAAACAGAGAAGAAAUUCCAAUUUUAGCCCUAGCUUUCUCAGAGUGAGGUUAUUUUAGUCAUAGUACUGUAUAAUUAGAUAGGUGGUGGGAAAUCGUGAGCCGUAUGGUUUAGGUUCGUAAAGAGGUCACCUUUUUAAUCUCUUAGCCGUCAAAAACCCUAGUUGGUUAAACCCUCAGUGUGCCAUGCCUGGCAAGCUGUUCUUGAGGAAAUUUUCGGAUCCUUUUGGCAUGUACAACGUUGCUGCCGUAUACAGUACUAAUCUUAUAAAAACAAAAAUAAAUAAGUAAACAGAUUCAAGCGCCUACAUUAUUUAAUUGAUAGAAUAAUUUGUUACGAUUAGUUAAUAAUUGUUGAGGUUUUGGAAUGGUUUCCGAUGGAGCCAAGCUGUCUCAAGGGUCAUCGAUUCCACCUAGGAAAAUCAAUGUACAGAAAUUUGCUGAGGCUCGAGCUCCUGAGUUGGAUAGUCUUCACUCAAUUGUGGCAAAUAGACUGAAUAACAAUUUUCGUUCUCGUCGAAACAAGAGAAGAAGAACUACUGCCCAUGACAAUCAAGGCACAAAGAGGAGGUCUAGGAAGAGGCGCAAAUUAGUAGUAGUUGAUAAAAGUAAUGCCUCUGAUUUAGAAAAAGAUCAUAAGAAAAUUUCGCGUCGCAUUCGUAGGAGAAUAGAGCUUAAAAAGAAUCCCGAAAGUGGGUUUUCUACUUCUGGUGAUGGGACGAAGAGGCUAAGAACUCAUGUUUGGCAUGCUAAGCGGUUUACCAUGAAAAAGUUGUGGGGGUAUUACCUUCCUCUAGGUUUGCAGGGAAGAGGAAGGGGUUCUAGGGCUUUGUUGAAGUGGUUCAAAGAAGGAGUUGUUGUACAUGAUGCAAGCUAUUACAUUGCUGUACAAUUGGAGGGUCCAGAGGAUUCAUUAAUGUCAAUACUACAGAUGGUACUAGUGCCUUCCCUGUUAUCUGAAUCUGAAGAUGUUUCCCGUUCUGUUCUGUCUGGUGUUACCUAUGGAAGUGCUAUGCUACAUCAUGUUGGAGCUCCGUUUUCUCAGCCUAUUGCUCCUGUGACCUAUAUGUGGAAACCUUUUCAUGGAUGGGAUGGAGAAGAUUAUGCUAAUUGUGAUGCUGCUGUUGGAAGUAAUGCUAUCGAGUGUCAUUCAUGCUUUCGCCAGAUUUGGUUGUGGAUACAUGCUUCGGCUUUUAAUGAGGGAUAUGAUGCUCUAAGAUUAGCUUCUCAGAAGCAGAUGAACGAGACUGGUGCCUUGCUCAAUUGUUUUUCACUUGAGGGUCAACUUGGAAAACUAGAAGUAACUGGAUCAAAGGCAUUUCAACUUCUUCAAAAGACAUUGGAUCCUGUUUCUGGUUUUCCAAAAACUUCUUGGCAAUUGCAGAGAUGCUCACUUUCCAAGGCUGAUGAUGUUUCUCAGGAUAAAGAGUUUUCUCUAAUUGAAAAUGAUGAACAUAUUUCUUCUUGUGCAAUUUUGUCUCUUAUUGUCAAGGAUCCUCGUCCAUUCCCACAUGAAAGUCUUUCAGAAAUUUCAAACAUGAGUAAAGAUUUGAUCUCUGACUCAUGCUCAAAAUUUGACGAAAAAAGAUUUUUCAACGACAAAAGUAUUUGGGAUAUUACUAGUAGGAUGAGCCUUCCCAUGGAAGAAAGUGUUCUUUGUAUGGAAAAACAUCAGCAGCAUAUGGCCUUUCUUCACCUUGAUGAUCCAAAAUCAGUGACAUGGAAGGCUUCUAACAAGGCACAGUGUUCGAGAACUUGCCCUAUUCUGCUUCUGAAAAAUAAAAACCAAAAAGGAUCACCAGAGGGAUGGUCUGUUCUACUCCCCUUAAGUUGGGUCAGAGUAUUCUGGAAUUCUAUUGUUUCCAAGGGAGCUCAUGCAAUAGGUCUAAGGGAGAAGCACUGGAUUGCCUGUAAUGCUGGGCUGCCAUAUUUUCCUUCGGAUUUUCCUGAUUGUAAUUCAUACGCUUCCUUUAUGGUAACUGAAGCUGCUGCAUCUGACCAAAAAGCAGAAUUACGUCCUGCUUCAGUUAGACCUUUUAAAGUUCCCAUUCCACCCCCAUGGAAUAGUGUUUGCAAUUCUUUAAACAAAGCAGCAAUUGGAGAGCAAGAUGCUAAAUUUUCAUGUGGGGAUGUCAUUGUUGGUGACAAUUCUUUGUUAGAGACAACAUGCUCUAGAAUUAAUAUGACUUCAUUUGUCAGUCAAGAUAGUUCAUUUGAUAAAAUUGUAGCACGGACAUCAGGUGCACUGACUUUUUUUAUGAAUCAAAUCCAUGGUGAACAUUUGCCUUUGUUUCCUCAACUUUCAAAUCUGAGGACGAGUUUUAUGAAGUUAAUGAGAAGCGAAAGCAAGCUUGGCCUGGACCAAAAUGGUAUUGCCAAAAUUAAUUACAACCACAAAUUAUGUUUCCUUAGAGUUCUUCUCCAUGCUUACAAGGAGGGUGUUUUUGAAGAGGGAGCAGUUGUAUGUGCCCCUUCUCUAACCGAUAUUUCAUUGUGGACUUCAAGUUCUGGAAGUAAUGAGAUUGGACUUCAAAUGCCUGAGUCUUCAGUGAGAUCAUAUUUCAAAGAACUAUCUUCUAGUAAGUGGGAACUCCAAUUACCAGAGGACCCUACUAGUAGACAAUCGAUGCGGUGGCCAAUUGGUUUUGUAACAACUGGAUUUGUUCGAGGGAGCAAGAAGCCAGUGGCUACAGCUUUCUGUGAGGCAGUUUUACUAGCUCGUCUUAGAGAGGAGCAAUGGAAUGAGAUGCCAGUGAAACGGAGGAGAAAAGAGAUAUAUGUGCUUGUUAGAAAUCUAAGAUCUUCAGCUUACCGACUAGCUCUCGCGACCAUUGUCCUUGAACAACAGGAAGAGGAUGUGAAUUUUAUGUGAAGGCUGCCCACUUGUAUAUUUUUGGAUAUGGAAUGGGAUACGCAUAGUGAUGAUUUAUUUAUUAUAUUGAUCUAGAAAGUAUGUUUUAUAGUUCCCUACCAAAUGCUGGUGCUCAAAGAGAAAUUUUAUAUGGUACUAUCUUGAUUCUUUUCCUUUGAGCCAUAAAUUAAUGCAUCAGUGUGAAGUUGGACAAGAUGUGACCAAAAUUCAUUUUAUUUAUUUAUUUGGUUCUUCAAA